AUGUUGAAAAACAUCCUUCCUGUCACAUUCGAAAUUGCGCUUCAUAUUAAAACAAGAAUUAAAUACCGAAUUGAACCAUCUCAACCUGUUCUCAACCCAUUGAGCAAUGAUGUACUGGAAUCACUUCGCUUCGAACUCGCUUCUACAAAGACGAAUUUGUUGAAAACACAUAAUAAAAUUGUGAAGCUCCACGAAGAAUGGAUAUCUCUUCAAUCCGAUCCAACAGAGCAAAGAGUUUUCGAAGACUACGUUACAAAACACGGCGAUUAUCGCACAGAUAUUGCCUCAGCCACCAACAUUCUCGAACAAUGUGAUGCCAUUCUGAAUGCUCUAGACGCCGAGUAUGUCAAAAGAGAACUCAAUCCACCAUUAGAUCUCUCUGACGUGACACCUCUAGACGACGAAGGCAAGACAAACACGAGACGACCCCUAUACAUUCUACGCCAGACACGUCUCUUCUCAACUUCUAGAUGCUUCCAUUCUAACAAGUUAGAUUUACCUACAUUUGAUGGCAAUCUACUAGAUUUUCCAGAAUUCAAUGCUUGGUUUGCAACACUUGUCGCCAACAAGAGUCAACUUAACGACACUACAAAAUUCUCACUUCUGAAGUCAUGCCUCCGUGGAAGAGCCCUACAGUCCAUCCAAGGACUUUCGAUGACAGCCGAGAACUAUCAUAUUGCUAUAGGCAUACUGAAGACACUUUACGAUGACAAGAAUCAUACAGUGCACCUAGAAGAACCUAACAAAAAGCCUGUUACUUCUUUUAUUGAUCAGAAUGAACAACCAGUUGACUCACAGAUCGAUGUUCCUACAACACAAGCUCCUGUCACUUGCUCAACCAACAAUGUAACAAAUAUUACGACUCAGACUGCACUGAUGUGCACAACUGUAACGCUCUUCAAUCCAAAAGAUCGCUCGCAUCAAACUACAGUGACUGCUUUUUUGGACAGCGGUUCUAACAAGUCAUAUAUCACCGACGAAGUCGCUACCAUACUUCAUUUGCCUACCAUAGGGAGCGAACAUAUCAGCCUCUCUACCUUUGGGAAAAUCGAAUCCCCGGAAUUGGAAUGCCGAAACCACGUAAUAGGUUUGUACACUGAAAAGGGAGUGAAACACCUUCAAGUGAAAUCGAUACCGUUGCUCACUGGAAACCUACAGCGCAUCCAAAUCCCUGAAGGAUCAACCAGUAAUGUCACCCUCUCUGUCUGUCAACCGUCCAUUCUUGUUGGGAAUGACUACUUUUGGGACAUUAUUUUGUCUGAAGACUUCCAUCACAGGACUCUUUCAAAGAGUUAUCGAAUUUUACAUGUAGCUAUUGGAGACAUGAUUGUAGGCAGAUCUUUCAAAGCGAAAAAUUAUGUUACAUGUACUGCCGUCAACUCUAUCACUGAGACAGACGAUGCGUCCAAUCCUUCGAAUCACAAGGAGCUCAUUGAGUUGGUUAGCAACUUCUGGAGACUCGAAACGAUUGGGAUACUCGAUGACCCUUUACAGCAAGAUGAUGAACAAUGUCUCAAAUACUUCAAUAAUAGCGUCUACUAUGAUGAAGUUCAAAGAAGGACAUCUGAGUAUCAACGACUUUCUACAUCGCGAACCGGCACUUCUGCCAGACCUCACUGGGAUUCUUCUUCGGAGCAGGCUAUGCAAGAUCUUGAUUUCAAGCGACAUAGAAAAAGCCUUCCUAAUGGUCGGCUUGCAUGA